AGUUUCAUUUUCUGCCUUAAGAUACGAUUAUAAAAAAUAAAAAUUAUCAAUUGAUUAUCCAACGGCCGACUAAAACAAGGACAUUAAAAAAAAAAUAUCAAACUGUUCACAAGAGUUCUACAGCCAGUAGAAUAGCAUCACAGCUUCACCAUUUUACAAAGUUUCUAGGGAGUUAAAUGAAUCACUGUCAUCGUCCUAUCAAAAACGUCUUUGGGUCAAAAGCAAAAUUUAUUUUUUACGAUCAACGUCCUGAUAGAUCUUAGUCAAUUUAGCCCAAUUUAAAAUAUCCGUUAAAAGUAUAUAGAAUUUCCUUAUCUUGGCGUAAUAAAAAUAUUUAAAUGAUUAUUUUAUAAAUAAUUUUGCGAGGUUUAACAAGUGAAUUUCAACCUGCUGUAAUCUGACGAAACAUACGUUAUUUUCUUCUUUUCUUUUUUUUUUAUUGAAUUAUAACUUUUUUAAAUCGUAUUUAUUAGAGGAUUUAAAAAAGCGCAAUGUAUUUAUUAAAAUGACGACUUUCCCCCCCAACUUUAUUUAGUCAGAAGAGAAAACGUUUUACUUCAAAUAGCAUACAGACGACACCCUGCAGAAAAAAAAAUCGAUAAAUUUGCAAAAUGCAAACAAAGGAUGGUGAAGGGAGUAAGUCGAGGCAAAAUAAGUCAAAAAUGCAUUACUUUUUAAAGCAGAAAAAAGCAGAGGCAGUGAAAAAUGAGGAAAUUGAAUACAUCGAGGAUCGUUAUGAGCAGUGGAAAAAGUACAAACGUUUGACACCAACUGAUUACAAAGUUGUGAAAGUAUUUAUUGACAGAUCGACAAACACUUACAGGACAGAUUCGCAGCAAGGUGAUGAUCAGAAAACCAAGGAUGAUGAUUUGAAGCCUCUCAAGAAAAAAUUAUCAAGUCAAAAUAAAAAAAGGGUAAUAGCCAAAAAGACUCCAAGAUCAUUAUUUCAGAAAAAAAAGAUAACAAAGCCGAAAAAAUCAGAAGCUGCAAGACCAACCACGUGGGUCUCUGUUGAUUUGUAUAGAAAUAUUGAUCAUGAAAGGCUAGUUAAAGCUGGGAUAAGGGGUUUAUUUGUUUUCAUACCAUUCUUAAUCAUUGUUAAUAUUGUGACAUUCGGAAUCAUUGACAGUGCAUACGAUUAUUACGCCAGUGUUUUAUCAAAUGUUUUUACAUCCACAAAAUUCAAUUCGACGCUUGGCAUACAGAAAACAUUCACAGAUAUUGUGACUGUUCCGCAAAUCUGGGAGUACAUAAGAGGCGUUUUUAUUAAAAUUAUUUAUGAAAAUGAUUAUAAUGAGACGAGAUCUUUACAGUUUGUAAGAAAUCAACCAUUUAUCCUUCUUUAUAAUAAUAUACUCGUUGGUGUUCCAAGGAUAAGACAGGUCAGAGUUGAAAAUAAUUCAUGCACUAUUGAUAAAACAUUUUCUGAAAUUUUUGCUUCUUGCUAUGGGUAUUUAAAUUCACAAAAUGAAGAUAGAAAAACCUUCGGCAAUGGAACGGCAAAUUGGAAUUACCAUGUAUCGAAGGACAGCCUAAUGUAUGAAGGACUCGUUUCAAAUUACGGCCCUGGCGGAUUUUCCAUUCUAUUCGAUAAAGAUCAAUACAUAACUACGCAAAUUAUAGAAGAAUUGGAAUACCAUAAAUGGAUACAGUUGGGGACAAGAGCUGUAUUUAUUGAUUUCACAGCCUACACGCCAAACACAAAUUUGUUUUGUGUAGUCAAAUUAGUUUUAGAAAUGCCACCAACUGGAGGUGUUUUAACUUCUUCCCACUUCUACACGAUGAAGUUUAUAAGAUAUGUUACAACAUGGGACUACUUUAUACUAGGCUGUGAACUUAUAUUUAUUUGUUUUGUUGUUUAUUACAUCACAGAGGAAAUAGAAAAAAUGAAAAUUUUCAAAUCGGCUUAUUUUAAUAGCUUUUGGAACUGUUUGGACUUGCUUAUUAUCAUUGUCUCGAUUAUCGCUAUAAUCAAAGGUAUUAUUAGAUAUGAAGAAGUGAAAGAAAAAAUGGGGGAAAAAGUGGACACUAUCAACCAAUUCACUCAUGCUUCUUUUGAUGAUUUGGUUAAAAUUCAAAUGUUCUUUAACACAUUGGUGGCUAUUAUAUGUUUCCUGGCAUGGCUGAAAUUUCUGAAAUAUUUGUCUCUGAUCCAUUCAGUUGAUCUGGUUUUAACAAUUUUUACAAAAGUUUGGAGGGAAAUUGCAGCUUUAUUAUUAUGCCUUGUUGUGUUGUUGAUUGGUUUUGGAAUGUUUGGAUAUCUUCUAUUUGGAACUGAAGUUAAACAAUUUGAUACAAUUAAACAUUCAAUUAUUUCGCUUGUUGGGAUAUCCAUCGGUGGCAUUUACUUUUACAAGGAUUGUGAAGAUGUGAGGCCAAAUCUUGCGCCUUUAUAUUUCAUUUUUUAUAUCCUAAUAGUUUAUUUAUUAUUUCUCAAUUGUUUCAUCGCUCUAAUUGUCCAUGGAUUUUACUUGGCACAUGAAGAUUUUGAGGAACAGAGAGAACGGGUGUAUCUCAUCGAUAUAUAUAAUCAUUUAAGGUUUAAUUUGUACAGUUUCUUCAAAUAUUAUAGAGAAGCUGAAAAAAUACAAAAUAGCAUGAUUGAAACUAGGAACAAAAAAAUUUAUUACGCUUUUGUAGAUAUACUAAGAAGAAACGGAAUCCACGGGCUAGAACUAGCGUUGAUUCUUACAAAAUUUAACCUGACGCCGGGUGGGCCUAUUUCGUUUGAAACAAUGGAUAAAAUUUACAAAGACCUCCAAACUAAAAAGCAACUUUAUUUGGAGGUUGAGGAGCAUGAUAAAAUCAAACAACAAACUGAAAGAAUUAACCAGAAAAUUGAAUUUUUGGAUCAUACCCUAAUCGACAUGAUGACGAAAGUCGACAUUUUGGUUGAUAAACUUCUGUAUCAAGAGAUGAAGAAUAAAUAGUUUAUUUAUGAGA